AUGCCUGCCAGUGUGUACCUGUGUGUUUAUGCCUGCCUGUGUGCACUUGUGUGUUUAUGCCUACCAGUGUGUACCUGUGUGUAUGUGGCUGCCUGUGCACCUGAACGUCCGCGCAGGGCGCCGCCGCGGCCGCGCCGCCCCGAACGCGCGCCGGAGCCGCCGCCGCCGGCAGAGGGCGAGGGCCCGGCGCCCGACGACCACGACGACAUCCUGCAGCAGCUGCAGGCGCAGGCGACGCCGCUGCCGCCCUCCAUGGACGACUUCCUGCGCGCGCAGGCCGAGGCCGCCACGCGCAACUUCCGCACGCAGCCGCUCAUCAACUACCGCACGGUGCUGGAAGUGCACGGGGAGCGUGCCGUGGUGCAGGUUUUCGAGGGCACUUCGGGCAUCGACAACAUGGGCACCACCGUGGAAUUCGCCGGGGACAUCCUGCGGGUGCCCGUCUCGGAGGACAUGCUGGGCCGCACCUUCAACGGCAGCGGCGUCCCCAUCGACGGCGGCCCGCCCGUCCUCGCCGAGACCUACCUCGACGUGCAGACCGGCAUCUCCACCAUCGACGUGAUGAACACCAUCGCUCGCGGCCAAAAGAUCCCCAUCUUCUCCGGGUCCGGUCUGCCGCACAACGAGAUCGCUGCGCAGAUCUGCCGCCAGGCCGGGCUGGUGGACGCGACCAACAAGGGCAAGGGGCGCCGCGUGUCGGCCGACUUCGCCAUCGUGUUCGCGGCGAUGGGCGUCAACCUGGAGACGGCGCGCUUCUUCAAGGACGAGUUCCAGAAGAGCAGCGCCAGCAACGUGGCGCUGUUCCUCAACCUGGCCAACGACCCCACCAUCGAGCGCAUCAUCACCCCGCGCCUCGCGCUCACCGUCGCCGAGUUCCUCGCCUACCAGUGCGACAAGCACGUGCUCGUCAUCAUGACCGACAUGACCUCCUAUGCCGAGGCGCUCCGGGAGAUCCCCAUCCUGACGAUGCCCAACGACGACAUCACCCACCCCAUCCCCGACCUGACGGGCUACAUCACCGAGGGGCAGAUCUACGUGGACCGCCAGCUGCACAACAAGCAGAUCUACCCGCCCAUCAACGUGCUGCCCUCUCUCAGCCGACUCAUGAAGUCGGCGGUCGGGGAAGGCAUGACGCGCGGCGAUCACGCGGACGCGCUGUCACCUGAAGAUCAUCUGUACCUGGACUUUCUGAAAAAGUUUGAAAAGCAAUUCAUAUCCCAAGAAAUUUUAGAAAACCGAAGUGUAUUUCAAUCCCUGGAUAUCGCGUGGGAUAUCCUGACCACAUUCCCUAAAAUCAUGUUGAACCGCAUUCCCCGGGAAGUGAUCGACGAGUACUACAUUCGCCCAGAGGAAGGUCCUCGCAAAAAGCCUUCCUUCCACUUCGAGUCUUCCGACGCGGCCGUGAUGCAGCUGGCCCUGCCUCCCACCAUCAUGACGAAAGCCUUGCAGGAGGCCGCUGCAGGAGCUCGCGUGACCUUCAGGAGUCGCCCUCGGAUCGGGCUGGUGGAAGGGCCGAUCUACGCCAUCGAAAAACCAGGGGAUACGAUGUGGUUAGAUAAAGAUGCGGUACCCACAGAUAUUCGUGUCAAGAAAAGAUUGGGACAAGGAGAGGAAAACAUUGACGAG